AUGCUGCCCCAGUCUGCCGUGUUCACGUCUACUACUUCGGCUACUUCGCCCUCUGGUGGAGAUGUGCUAGUGCUUAGCAGUGGCUUGAAGCGCGUGCUGGUUCCAGUUCCGGCUUCGUAUGGGGAACUUGUCACGCUCACGAAGGAUACAUUCAACUUUGAUACCGACGCACUUGUAUUCGAGACGGACGACUUGAACAUAUGCCGUGGCAGUUCCGUGGAGAUCCACAAGAGCAGCUGGGAGGCUGUGCGCUCAGUGGUUGGCACUGUUAGCGUCGUGGUCGUGAAGGGCGAUGCUGCCACAAGUUCUCGCCGUAUCCGCGUAUCCACCUCCAUCCAACAGGGUCUGAACGAACAAGACGUCAAACCCAUGUCCACGUCUUCCCGCGUCAGCGUGUCUUCACGCGUUUUGACCGAGAAACAAAUUACGCUCAAGGAAGAACAAGAGAACGUUUUGCCUUCCAGUCUUGAUGGCGACGUGGAGACUCAAGUCGAGGACGAGCUUUUCGGAGAGACGGCCGAAGAGGAGGAGGAGGAAGACAUUCUCCUUUCUCCGGUCAAAGGCAAAGGACGCGCUCGUAACCGGAUCCUGUCUGACGACGAAGACGAACUUAACGAGCCUGCUACUUCGACUCUGAGCGUCAAACACACCGUCAACCGCUUUGUUAGCCCUCGGCCGUCUGCAGCCAGCGCACGCCCUACACCUCGUGACGUCGACGAUAUGUUCUCCCCUGCGCGUCCGGUUCGUAGCAAGAAGGCUCCCGUUAUGUCGAACGAUAGCUCGGAGGAGAACGACGAGAACCUGGCACCGCCUCGUAUUAGGCUUUCGGCGGCGCGUCGCGUUACACCAAUUGCCUUCGAAGAGGAAGACGAGAUUGACGAGAACACUGCGCCCUCCCCUCUUCGUCAGUCUAUCGCCAGGUCCGAGGCCAGGAUCAGCACGUCCACCAACCCCGAAGUCCGCUCCGUAAAGAAGACACCUCACAAGACGAACAACUACGCCGCUCAGGAUGAGGUCUCACCCAGCCCGAAACCGAAGUUUCGUCCCGCUCGCAGUCCCCAACCCACCGCUAGUGGCAGCAGCAGUGGACACGCCCCGGUCCAGCGCUCAGCCCUCCGUCAAUCGACGCUCAACUUCGACGCCGAAGAGUCGCAGAAGUCUCGCAAGGUUGAGCCCAUUGCGCCCUUGCGCGAGGCGGAGCCUCUUCCUGAUGAGAAGAUCCUCGUUACAAUUGCGCACCCAGACUCGCAGCAGGAGAGCAAGUUCAAGAUCAAGGGCAAGCAUACCGUCGAGAAGAUCUUGAAGCCGGCUUGCCAGGCGUUCGGGCUUGAUAUGAACUACGCGCGUCUCAUUCUCGAGGAAGAGGUCGACGGUAUCGAGAUGAGUUCCGAGUGCGACAGGCACCAGACGAUGAUCUCUGCUGGUGUACGCAACAACAGCUACCUAGUCAUCGUCAUGGACGAGGAGGCUGAGGAGGAGGACGAGUGA